CUCGAAGAUAACAUAGAGAAGCAGGUGCCGCGGCCUUCACAACAAACCCUGGUCUGCUCUGUUGUGUGUGCCAUAGUAAUUUGGUAGGAUUUUGGUACAGCAGCUUCAGCAUUGGGCAUUUUACGAAACAGAAUGGAGACAUCUAUGAGAUAUGGAGGAGACUCUAAAGCCCUAAAAAUCCAUGCUAAGCAAAAAUUCCCUCCCGAUUCUCAAACUCAGUUGCAGGUUCAUGGAGUGCUAGAUACAAGAAUUGGUGCGCCGAGUUAUGUUAGUGCAAUGAUAAGACGCUUUUAUCCAGAUUUGUCGGCUAGCCUUGGAGUGGGAGUGCAGUAUGAUAAACAAGAGAAGCUCACGUAUAGACUUCGCGGAAAAAAGGCCUUUCCUGUGACUAGUGAUGGUUUAUUAACCUUCAAUGUCAAGGGAUGGUGCACAAUUGACAAAGAAUUUAAAGAGAGGAAGUCAGAAGGAGCUGCAGAAUUUUCUUGGAGCAAAUUUAAUUUUCAGAGAGACCAAGAUGUUAGGUUCAAAGUUGGAUAUAAAGUGACUGAGAAGGGAGAGAUAGAGCAGCAGGGAAGAGGAAAAGGAAAAGCAAGAAAGGACAACCUUUUAAUGGUGCCUUAUAUGCAAAUUAGGGAAAAUAAUUGGACCCUCAAUGCUGACUUGAAGGGGAGAUGGAAUGUAAGAUUCGAUUUGUGAGUAGAGUUGGCAUGUUCUUCUGGAGGCUUGACAAGAGAGAUAUGCAAUGAGCUAGUGUAUAUCAACCUAUCAAAAAGUUGAUUGUUCAUUAUUUUGACAGCAAAUGCUCAUAGUUGUAUUGCAUAGGAACUAUGAUACGCCUUUCAAUGGUAUAAGCCUCAUGAUCUUGCUUUAAAUAAUGAACAUUGAAUUCACAUUUUUAGAGAAGGUAAAAGAUUGAAAGCUUUUGCAAAA